AUGAUACCGCCGGAGCCGCCGACAAGCUCACGCGCCGCCGAACUCUACGGACUCAACAUCCUGGCGGAUGGAGUCCAAGACGAUUCGAGCAACGUAACGCGUUUCGUGACGCUAGCUCGGGAGCCAAUCAUCCCGCGGACGGACCGGCCGUUCAAAACAAGCAUCGUGUUCGCGCACGAGAAAGGAACGAGCGUGCUUUUCAAAGUGCUAUCGGCGUUCGCGUUUAGGAACAUCAGCUUGACGAAGAUCGAGUCGCGGCCGCACCGGAACAGGCCAAUCCGGUUGGUGGACGACGCCAAUGUGGGAACGGCGAAGCAUUUCGAGUACAUAUUCUACGUGGAUUUCGAAGCAUCCAUGGCGGAUGUCAGAGCCCAAAACGCGUUGGCCGAGAUCCAAGAGUUCACCUCUUUCUUGAGGGUAUUAGGCAGUUACCCGAUGGAUAUGACGCCUUGGUGCCCGUCAACGGAAGAUCACCAAACCCCAUGA